AUGGAUACUGGAGCAUGGGGCCGCCCCGCUCUGGUGGCCACAUGGUGCAGGGAUGUGGAGGGCGCAGAGCAGAGCCACAUCAAUAACUGGAGCGGCCUGGAGCCCAGCCUGCCGGGAGAGGCGGGCACAGCUCACUCUGCUCAGCCCAUCCCCAAGCAGCCAGAGCGGAGACUCGCUCGCACUGGCCAAGGCCCAGCCCGGGGCAGAAUCCCCCGGAGCGGAGAACGCCAGAGGAGCCGGGGCCUGGCUCGGAAGCCAGACCGAGCCAAAGCAGAACUAAGGCACCGGGUCCCCCAGUGCAGAGCCUGGAUGUGCAGGGAGGUGGCCAGGGGCAUCUGCCAGGCAGAGCGGACCCCGUACGGAGACCCAGUGCGGGAAGACAUGCAGGAGCCCAAGUUCACAGCUGCUGUGGCAGGCGACGGAGCCAUGAGUGAGAGCGAGGAGGGGGCUCCCUGCCUGGACAGGAUCAGGCCAGAGAGCGAGGAGGGGGUUCCCCAGAAAGAUGGAGCCAUGAGUGAGAGCGAGGAGAGGGCUCCCCGCCUGGAUGGGAUCGGGACGGAGAGCCAGGAGGGGGCUGGGACAGUGGAGCCACAGGGGAACGCUUGCUGGAGCCAGCAGCAGACUGAGGGGCAGCGGGGCAUCGGCCGUUUCGAGGUGGGACCAACAAUCUGUGCCGAGUGCGGGGAGAGCUUUCGGGAUGAUGUGGCUCUGCUGGCCCACCGGGGGACGCCCUGCAGAGGUGCGGUAGUGAAGCCGUUUGGCUGUUCCGGCUGUGGGCGGCGGUUCAGCCGCAGCUCCAACCUGCUGCGCCACCAGCGGGUACACACAGGCGAGCGCCCCUUCACCUGUGCUGACUGCGGCCGGUGCUUCAGCCAGAGUGCUCACCUGGCCAAGCAUCGGCGCCUCCAUGGCACCGCGGGGCUCCCCACCCCGCCAGCGGAGCGCAGCUACAGCCGCAGCCCCGAGUUCCUGCGGUUCCAGCGGGCCCACGCCGGGCAGCGCCCCUUUGCCUGUCCUGACUGCGGCAAGCGCUUCAGCGCUGGCUCCUCCCUGGUGCAGCACCAGCGCAUCCACACGGACGAGCGCCCUUUUCCCUGCCCCGACUGUGGCAAGCGCUUCCUGCGGGCCCCGGACCUGGCGCUGCACCAACGCAUCCACACGGGCGAGCGCCCCUUCCCCUGUCCUGACUGCGGCCGGCGCUUCAUCCGUGGCCCCGACCUAGCGCUGCACCGGCGCACCCACACCGGGGAGCGCCCCUACCAGUGCGGCCAGUGUGGGCGCCGGUUCAGCCGCGGGCCCGGCCUCCUGCUCCACCAGCGCACGCACACCGGGGAGCGCCCCUACCAGUGCACCCAGUGCGGCCGCCAAUUUAGCCGCAGGUCCAACCUGGGCCGCCACCUGGCCACCCAUAGCAUGCUGCGGGGGGACCCCACCCCAGGGGGAGAGCCCAGUGCAGAGACCCUCAGGCAGCAGGGAAUCGCUGGGGAGGGGGGGGAGUCCCAAGGGCUAAAGGGGCGGAGCUCAGAGGCUGUGACUCAGCAGGGAAUCCCUGGGGAGGGGGAGGAGUCCCAAGGGCUGAAGGGGCGGAGCUCAGAGGCUGUGACCCAGCAGGGAAUCCCUGCAGAGGGGGAGGAGUCUCAAGGGCUAAAGGGGCGGAGCUCAGAGGCUGUGACCCAGCAGGGAAUCCCUGCAGAGGGGGAGGAGUCCCAAGGGCAGAAGGCGUGGAGCUCAGAGGCUGUGACCCAGCAGGGAAUCCCUGCAGAGGGGGAGGAGUCCCAAGGGUUGAAGGGGCGGAGCUCAGAGGCUGUGACCCAGCAGGGAAUCCCUGCAGAGGGGGAGGAGUCCCAAGGGUUGAAGGGGCGGAGCUCAGAGGCUGUGACCCAGCAGGGAAUCCCUGCAGAGGGGGAGGAGUCCCAAGGGCUGAAGGGGUGGAGCCCAGGCUCCCUGGUGGCUCCCCUGGGGAAGCGCCACGGCUGCCCAGACUGUGGGAAGGGCUUUGCCCAGCGCUCACACCUGCUGGUUCACCGGCGGGUGCACACCGGGGAGCGCCCCUUUCCCUGCCCAGAGUGCGGCAAGCGCUUCAGGCAGAGCUCGGUGUUGGCCCGGCACCGGCGCACCCACACGGGCGAGCGCCCCUUCGCCUGCGGGGACUGUGGCCGGCGCUUUGCAGAGAGCGCAGUGCUGCUCCGGCACAGGGCUGUGCACUCCGGCGAGCGCCCCUACUGCUGCAUGGACUGCGGCCGGGGCUUCAGCCUCCGUGGUAACCUCCUCCAGCACCGGCGGCUCCAUGCCCGGCGCCCCCACGUCUGCACUGACUGCGGCAAGGCCUUCAGCGAGGCCGCAGCCCUGGCUGCCCACCAGGGCACCCGGCAUGGGGCCGGCAAACCCUUCGCCUGCACCGGCUGCGGCAAGCACUUUGGUCGCAGCUCCACGCUGGCUCGGCACCAGCGCAUCCACGCUGAGCGGCCCCACGAAUGUGCCCGCUGUGGCCGCAGAUUUGGGGAGAGUGCCGAGCUGGCGCAGCACCUGCGGGUGCACAGCGAGACCCCCUACGAGUGCGCCCGAUGCGGGGAGCGCUUUGCCCAGAGCCACGCGCUGAUCACACACCAGGCCUUCCACGCCGAGCCAAGCCACGGACAGCGCCACACUGCUCAUGCCCACCAGUCCCCCCUCGCCAAGCAUGGGGACAGCAUCCUGCCCAAGUCCCCAGCUGUGUCCCACCAGAGACUCCACACGGGAUAGGAGCCAGGACAGAGCCCCGGACUCCUGGCUCCCAGUGCCCCCCCAACCCAUUAGAUCUCAUGCCCCUCCUAGAGCCAGGGAUAGAACCUAGGAGUCCUGGCUCCCAGCACCCCCUACUCUGACCACUAGACCAGGGGUGGGCAAACUGCAGCCUGGGGGCUGCAUCCGGCCCUUCGGGUGUUUUAAUCCAGCCCUU